AGCUGUUGCGAUUUCCGAGUCAUCGUCGUGUUAGUCAGAGAAAUGGUUGCCUGACGAGCAUCACCGCAUUCACUGGGAUCCGGGAACCGAAUUAAAAUGUAAAUACAGCAUCAACGCAAACACACAUUUCCAGAUGAGAUGCGCGCUUUUCUCUGCGGUGCACGCGGAUGACAGCACACAAUAUCUUCUCAACCGCCAUCAAUCGUCAUGAACAUGCAUAUGUGGAUAUUGGCCAUACUCUCUUUUGCCAAGUUUUUCACCUUAAUUGAGAUGUUAGACAUUUAUGGGGAUAUAUGUACAGGCCUGUGCGUCUGCGAAGAUAGAGACGGGAUUUUUACAGCCAGCUGUGAAAACAGAGGAAUUAACAAUCUGUCAGAGGUAACACCUUUACACUUCACUGCUUAUCAUCUUCUGCUCACAGGGAAUCUGUUAAAGAAAGUCUCCCUCGACGAUUUCGUUCAGUAUGAAGGACUCACCAUCUUACAUCUAGGCAACAACGAUAUAUCCGAAAUCGAAGGUGGGGCUUUUAACGGGCUCCAGGGAUUAAAGCGACUGCAUCUAAACAAUAACAAAAUCGAGGCACUAAAGGACGACACGUUCCUCGGACUUGAAAGCUUGGAGUACCUACAGAUUGACUAUAAUUAUAUUAGCCACAUUGAAGCGAAAGCCCUAAGCAAUUUACGUCACUUAGAGGUGCUCAUCCUCAAUGACAAUUUACUAUCCACUCUGCCGAACAACAUCUUUCAGUAUGUUCCUUUAACUCAUCUCGACCUGAGAGGCAAUCAACUCAAAGUGCUUCCCUAUAUCGGCCUUCUGGAGCACUUGAGUCACAUUGUGGAGUUACAGCUUGAAGAAAACCAGUGGAAUUGUUCUUGCGAAUUAAUUGCGCUAAAAGCCUGGCUUGAAAGCAUAUCUUACACCGCUUUGGUCGGAGAUGUGGUUUGCGAGACUCCCUUCCGAUUGCACGGACGAGACCUUGACGAAAUCUCGAAGCAAGAGCUUUGUCCCCGCAGAGCCAUCGCCGAAUACGAAAUGCGCGCAGAACCGGCUCACAGCAGCGAGAUCCUCUACAAAACCACGUCAGCGACGUUCACGGCGGGAUUUGCAUCCUCGACUAUCUUGCGUGCCACAAAAAGCAGCCGUUUAUCAGGAAAACUUCGCGUUAAACCCACUUCGCGCUCGUCUUCAAGCAAGCCGCAGAAUUACGGGCCGAUGUUGGCCUACCAAACCAAAUCUCCGGUUCCUCUAGACUGUCCCAACGCAUGCACAUGCAAUCUCCAAAUCUCAGACCUCGGGUUGAACGUUAACUGCCAAGAGCGGAAAAUCGAAAGCAUCUCGGAUCUAGAUCCCAAGCCGUACAAUCCAAAAAAGAUGUAUUUAACCGGAAACUACAUCUCCUCGGUGUGCAGUUCGGACUUCAAUGGUGCAACCGGAUUGGAUUUGCUCCAUUUAGGCAACAACCGAAUAGCCAUCAUUCACGAUAAGACAUUCGGCCAACUUAUACACUUAAGAAGGCUUUACUUAAACGGCAACUUAAUCGAGCGGCUCACCGAGGAUAUGUUCUACGGUUUACAAAGCUUGCAGUUUUUGUAUUUGGAGUAUAACGUUAUUCGAGAGAUCGCGGUUGGCGCCUUCCAGCAGGUGCCCAACCUACAAUUACUGUUUCUCAACAACAACCUCCUCAAGACUCUACCACUUGGCAUCUUCGAUGGAUUAAGUCUGGCUCGAUUGAAUCUGCGCAGUAACCACUUACGAACUCUUCCGGUCGGCGGCGUCCUCGAAGACCUUUCGUCGCUGGUGCAGAUCGAUCUCUUCGAGAACCCUUGGGAUUGCUCGUGCAUCGCGGUGGAGAUGAAAAACUGGUUGGAGCAGCUCAGCACUGGUACAGUGGUGAACAGCGUCGUUUGCGAAUCUCCACUGAGUCUCUCAGGAGAGGAUUUGCGAUACGUUCACGCGUCUCAUCUCUGCCCGGAAAGCUCAAACGUGCAAUCUUCCGUCGUGCCGCCUUCGGAGGAAUCCUUUCCUGGUAGCACCAUCACUUUAGAAACAGCCUUGGAUUAUGACACGCAUCAUCCCGCGGUCCCCCUUUCUGUUCUUAUACUCGGUUUGUUGCUCCUUUUUAUAUUAUCCGUGUUCGUCGCCGCUGGAUUGUUCGCGGUCAUAAUGAAGCGGCGUAAAAAGUCUGAACGCCUAGCUUCGGUAACCACCAAUGCGAGCUCUUUCAAUGCAGUUUACACCGAUCGAGCGAAGUCUAGAACAUCGGCGGGUAACGUCUACGAAUACAUCCCACCCACAACAGAAGGCGCUGCGAAAAACGGCCCGUAUAGUGAGGGAAGCGCAAUCGAGAGUUACAGAGACUUCGAAGAACUCAAUAGAGUUCUGGCAUCCAAUUUGGAUGAAGACGUCGGGAGCAACGCGAUAAGCUCCGAGUUCAGCGCUGGCACUCCAGACACGCUCAACAGACACUCUCCUCUGUUGGACGACAACUACUUUUACCGAGAUAUCUUGGCUAGGGACCAGCAGGCCUCUUACAGGGGUAAUUUAGCAUGUAAGCAUGGCACACAUGCAUCAGCUCACUGCACGCCGGACUUUGAUGUGAGACAUCAAUACUUGAAUCCGGAAAGAGUAGAGCAGACCAUGGUGUACUGCUCGACACCAACCACCGUCUACAUAGAGCCCAACAGAAGCGAAUACUGGGAACUGAAAGCCAAGCUUCAUUUCGAACCGGACUAUUUGGAGGUUCAUGAGAAAAGGGCGACCUUCACACAGUUCUGAAAUAUGGAUUUUCCAAAUGGAUCUGAGAGAUAGGUGAAUCUCACUAAAAUAUGAUUGCACUUCAAAAUUAAAAAUAUAAUUGUUUUUAUAUUUUCAAUUAAAUAUCAUUUUAUAUUUAUAACGGUGCAUUUUAUUAUUAUUUUGCAAAAAGAAAAUGAAGCCUAAU